AUGUCUGGAAUCUUUGCGCUAUCUCAGGAGGUUUGGGAUCGUAUCUUUAAUUAUCUUGAUUUGGGCAACCUCGCCAGCGCGUAUGAAUGUAACAUACACAUACGCAGCCGUGUGGAAAAGUUCUUUUCGAACUGUUACUAUACAUCAAAACCAGACACACCUACGGGACCGUGCGGCGACCCAUACCAGAUGAUUCAAAGAUUCUUAUCUCUUUUUGAUAGUCAAGCCUAUCUAGCAGCUGACGAGAUCCUGGCCCAGUUGCACAAGAGUUCGGAUCGUGGCGGACCGUGGUGGAAAGAGGCUGUGGCAAUAGCGCUUAUGGCACGACGCUGCUAUGAUGCAUCCGAAUAUUUUUAUUUGUCCAGUCUUGAAAACCUCCCUUCGGAAAAGGAUACAAAACGCAACGCGUUUUUGACUGCAGCACGUUUUGGCCGGGACCCGGAACCUGGUGCAGAAUUGAAGCCGGACGAUAAAUGCUGGGCAUCUACCUGGAUGGCUUAUCAUGGUAAAGUCAAUGAUAUAAAAGCCCUAGAAAUGAGUGGGGAGCAGUUCAUAAACGUCGAAGCCUACAAUCCGGCCACCAUGGCGGCCAUAUCUGGGCACAUCGAUACCUUGAAACAUUUGCAUUCUGUCGGCUUCGACUUGUGGCUACAUGCCUAUCAGGGUCCCAAUGUACCUAGUUCACCAUUGGUCGCAGCCUUAGAGCGCGGACAUGAGUCGGUGGUCGAAUAUCUAUGUGGAAAUGGUAGCAUACAGCGGUUGACAGAUGACCAAGUCUUCCAUGCCUGUAGAGCUGCUGCCAGUAACGGCCACGUUCAUGUCCUUCGUCGAAUAGAAAACUGCUAUCCCAAGGAGACCGAUGACUGGUGGUACAAUCACGCCGGCGUCGGGGGUGGAUUAUAUCCCAAUCGAAUUGAUUGGUAUAUCUUCGGCCCUGAGAAACCGUUGAAAGAAUCAGAACGUGCUGCCAUGCUGCAGCAUUUCAUCCUGAAAGAGUUGUACGAUAUCCAUGCCACCGACCGGGAUGGCAACAAUGUCUUACACCUUGCUGCAGCUGAAGGGAGUCUUGAUUUAUUCCGGCAAAUAUGGAAUUCUGGCGCCGACGGGUAUCGGCUCAAUAACGCCGGACAGUCUCCGAUCGAAUCAGCAGUAAAUGGUGAAAGCGGCAUUGCCAAUUGGCUAUCAAAGGAGCAGCGCGUGAAAAUACCCAUCACAAGGAAUGAAAAGAUCAAGCCGGCGAGGAUGAUAAUUGAAGCGCAGCGUCAGCUCAGGAUACAAGAAAUCAUCGUCCGACUCUUGCAUAAUUAUGGGAACAAGGACAUCCCAGACAAAGAGGGAUUAAAAGAGAUCCUGGAGAUCAUCAAUAAGCAAUGGGCUAUAGAAAAGAUGGAUGAAAAGCUUGCUGAUAUCUGGUUACACCAUUACUCCUUUACCGCUAUGAAUGCGUAUAUCGAUAAAGCUUCAAAGGUCUUGGAAGUCAUUUCUUCAUCCGAAACCUUGUUCAACAUUUUGUUCAGAAAUCUUGAAGAUAGUGGGUGGUUUAUAAGAAAAUCCGAAUCCAAGGAAGCCAAAGUAAAGUACAGAAACGGUGCUGAAGAGUCGCGCAGAGAUAUAACUGGAUUUCUUUUCGCCUUCAUUAGCGUAUAUUCCGAACCACAAUUGGCUAAGAUCAUUUCGGGUCUACCUAGUGCAGAUUUGGCGGAAAUCGAGACUUAUCGCCAAAGUAAAGAAGGGGAAAUGUUAAAGGCUGGAAGUGAAGCCGCAAGCGGGCAUGAGAACAAGAUCAGGUUGUGCUUCGAAGAGAACCUUCGAAGACUGGACGAGUUAUCCAAAUACAGAUAG